CCCAUAAAUGGAACCGUCCGGGGGGGGGAGGGGAGAGGAGCGGCCGCAACCAACGGACGGAGCAUGGCCCGGGCCCCCCCCGGGUUGAUGGGGGCGCUGCUGCUGCUGCUGCUGCUGCUGCUGGGCUCGGGCGCGGCCGUGCCCGCCCCUCCCCCCCCGGGGGCGCUGGGGCAGCUCCGGGGGUACCUGGGCCAGGUGGGCUCGGCCGCGGGGACCCUCCUGGAGGGGCUCAACCUCCCCCAGACCCAGCAGAGGAUCCGCACGGCGUACGAGCAGGGAGCCACGGCCGUGGUCACCUACACCGGGAUCCUGACGGAUCAGCUCUACCACUGGUGGCAGGGAGAGCAGUGACCCCAAAUUGGGGAGAAAAACCCCAAAAUCGGGUCAAAAACACCAAAAACGAGCUGAAAAACCCCAAAAUCGGGUCAGAAACACCAAAAUUGGGUCAAAAACCCCAAAACUGGGGUAAAAAACCCUAAAAUUGGGCUGAAAAACACCAAAAUCAGGUCAAAAACCCCAAAAUCGGGG